UAAUCGAUUGUAAUUUUUUCAUGAAAAAUUGUUUUUCCAUAGUAUUUUAUUACUACACAGUACUGAGUACUGGUCACUGGUUAACUGAUAACUUCAUUAUCAUUCAAUAUAGUGAUCGAGAAUUUAAUCAUACUUACUCGAAGAAUUAAUACACUAUUUAAUACUUGAAUCUUAUAAUAAUAGACUUCCAAAUUUUAUCCUCUUAUUCGUACCUAGUGGUUAAUAAAUUAGUAUUUUAAUUUUUAUGUGAAGGAUUUUCAGCCUGCGAGCUAAGUUUGUAUUUGCUUUUGUUUCUUAUAACCUUAAAAAUGGAAAAUAUUAAAGCUGGUGAUAGAGUUUUAUUACUGUGGAAUAACUCUGGAGAAAACGAAAUUAAUGAUAUUGUCAAUGAAAUCCUAAAUAUAACAAACAUCCCACCAAUACUGGAGAACUCUGCUAUGAUAACAGAAGGAUCAAGACCACAGUCUUCAUUCAAUGUGAUUUUAUCAAACUGGUUACCACCACAUUCCAUAGAACAUAAGGAUGAUUUGUUCGCAAUAUUGAUUAAACUCUUAAAGCCCAGUGGAAAAUUAAUCUUGAAAGAGAAUAAUGAUAUAAGCUCAGCAUUGAAAUUAAAUGGCUUUGUUAACGUUUCCAAUAUAGACAAUAUUGUUGUUGCUGAAAAACCCAACUUUGAGGUUGGCUCAAAAGCUUCACUAAAGUUAAAUAGUAAACCAAUGGUGUGGAAAUUAGACGACACUGUUGAAGAUGCAUGGUCUAAAGACAAUGAUGAUGAAACAAUUGAUGCUGAGAACUUAUUGGAUGAAGAUGAUCUGAAACGGCCUGAUCGGGCAUCUUUGGCAGUGUGUGCCACCACGGGAAAGCGUAAGGCCUGCGCAGAUUGUUCUUGCGGCCUUGCUGAAGAGUUGAAGGGCGAGGUGAAGGAUACACCCAAGUCGUCGUGUGGGAGCUGUUACCUCGGCGACGCUUUCCGAUGUGCAACAUGUCCGUACUUGGGCAUGCCAGCAUUCAAACCCGGAGAGAAAGUUAAACUCGACUUGAAAGCCGAUAUAUGAAUUACGCUGAAUUUAAUUAUAAAUAAAGGAAUUAAUGGCUAAUGGCUAAUUAUCCAGUAGGAUUUUAUUAUUCAAGUGACAUCAAAUGUGCUUAUGUAGCUUCCAAUUAAAGAGAAUUUUAAGUUAA